ACUGAAAGAGGGAGGGAGUGGAGAGAGAAGAACCAAGGCAACUGGCACAUUUACAAGCAACUUACAGUCUACACACUCAGCGGAAAGGAUCAGGAAAAAAACACACAGAUAUUCUCAGACACACACAAGAGGAUUUGACUGUUUAAUGCAGGAUUAAUGCCUUCUUCUGACAAGCGUUUCACCUCCUGUCACCUGAAGGAAAAGUAAACUUAAAGAGAAGAGGACCUGUGGGGAAAGGAGGCUGUUGCCGGGUCUGUCUUUGAUUAAUACGCACACUUUUUUUUGCCGGUCAACAGCUUCAUGGGUGAGAGAUGAAUCUCCAGCUGCUGGGCGACAGUGAGCAUGUGAGUGAUUCUACUGGGAUGGAGGUCUUUCCCCAGCAGACCCAGUGAGUCCCACUGCCGCCUCUGCCUCCUGCUGAAUGUAGAAAGCUUAGGAUGGAAGACCCACCAAGUGCUGCUCUGAGGCACUGGAACAACACGCUCAACGAUCUCGCCUCCUCCUUCGCACACACCAGCUGCUUCACCAUCAUCACCAACCAGACAGGGACCACCAUCACCGGGUGACAAGAUUCCAGGAUGUUUGUGAAUUUCCGCCGGAUACGAAAAUGCCAGUGUGUGCAGCUGAUGACCACCUGCCUGGUGCUGUCGGUGGUGAUGGUUUGCUGGGAGCAGCUGGACAACAGCGUCGUCAGCCAUGUCAAGUCCUACUCCUACCGCUACUUGGUCAACCACUUCACCUCCAUCAACAAGAGCUUCACCAUCCCACGUGAGCAGGCCAGGAGCUUCAGCAACUUCCGCUACCUGCUGAACCACCCGGAUAAGUGCGCCGGCAAGGACGUCCUCCUUCUCCUCUUUGUCAAAACAUCCCCAGAGAACACUGAGAGGCGAAACGCCAUCAGAUCCACCUGGGGUAAUGAGACCUACAUCCAAAACACCCUGGGAGUGACAGUCAAGGUGGUGUUCGCCUUAGGAGCGCCACAGACCAAGAAGGAGGAGCCCUCGUGGAGCAAGAGGAGCAGGGUUGGUUUUCAGGAACAGCUCAUCCAUGAGGACCGUCUCCAUGGUGAUUUGAUCCAACAAGACUUUUUAGACUCCUUCCACAACCUGACCCUGAAGCUGAUCCUGCAGUUCCACUGGAUGCACAGCCGCUGCGCACAUGCCCGCUUCCUCAUGACCGCCGACGACGACAUCUUCGUCCACAUGCCCAACCUGGUGAGCUACCUGCAGGACAUGAGCAGCAGAGGUGUCACAGACUUUUGGAUUGGUCGAGUGCACAGAGGGGCGCCGCCAAUCCGCAGCAAAGACAGCAAGUAUUAUGUGCCCUUUGAGAUGUACCAGUGGUUGUCAUACCCUGACUACACAGCUGGGGCUGGGUAUGUCGUCUCCAAGGACGUCGCGGACAAAAUCUACCAAGCCACGCUGACCUUGAACGCCUCUCUUUACAUAGAUGAUGUGUUCAUGGGCAUCUGCGCCAACGCCAUUGGUGUGUCACCGCAGGACCACGUCUAUUUCUCAGGGGAGGGCAAAGCGCCCUACCACCUGUGCAUCUAUGACCAGAUGAUGACCUCACACGGUCACGUGGAGGAUAUCUAUGACUUGUGGAAGGCAGCGACCAACCCGCAGGUGAAACAGAAGACCUCUGGACUCAUAGGGAGGCUGUACUGCACUGCUGUGAAAAUGUCUCUCCUUUGUAAACCAUACUAUUUUAACACCUACCCUUGCAAAGCAGCCUUUUUGUAGUAUUACUUCAGGUUGGUGUGUUUGUCAGUGUGUGACAGAGAGAGAGGGAGUGUGGUCAUAAUAGGUCAUAAUGAAAGGAGUAUCAUUGCUGUGAAUAUUACCUCAGUCCUUUCAGUUGGACACCCAUGUCAAAACAUUGGAUCGUGUGUUCUGUGUUUCGAGAGGCAAAGAAACCAGAUGAUUCAUGUUUGUCACUAUUAGUGUCAGCUUUGCAUUGACAGCAGAAUGUGUUUAAAAAAUCGUUCCUAAAAAUAUGCUGUUGUCGCAGCUCAAACCCCUGUGUUCACAAAUGCGAUUAUAACAGAUGAACUAAUUUUCCAUCUUAGCCACUUGAUUAAAAGUGCACAUCCUGUUUGCCUUGGAUUUUUCUGUGAUACACAAAAGAUUUGCCAAAACUUUGUAGUACUCAAAAAACAAAAACAUUUUCUUAACACAAGGCCAUCUCUCUUACUGGCAUUUACCUAUUCUAUUACCUUAAUAGUAAAAGACAUCCACUUUUUAAAAAAAAAAACGUUUUAAACUAUUCAUGGACCUAUAGGAGGUCUGUGUUUCUAAAGUGACGAUGCAAAGCAUUUGGGCGUUCCUGAUGUUUGAGUCAAUGCAGGAAAAAUAUACGGUAGAUCAGUAACGUGUCAGAUCUAAAAAUGUCUCUUUGUCAUGAAGUGCAAAAUUCCUCACAGUGACGUAGAAUAGAUGUGUAACUGAAAAUAUUUUACAAACAGUUCUUGUACUUAAAAUAAUGAUGAAGUAAUGAUGAGCAACAAAGUGUGAGUUCUAAACUGAGAGUUUUGUUGUUAUAAGAUUUUUUUGUAAUUAAAUUUGUGAAAAAAGUUUUUUAAUGAAAUAAAAGUCCAAAGUGAAA